CAAAGUUUCUUGGAGUAACUUUGGAGUCCGAAAUUGUAAUUUUUUUUUUCAUCAGUCGAUGCAUUUUUAUAUCCUCUUUUAAAAAGUAUUAGGAGUCUUAGGUCGGAAAUGGAUUCAUUUAGAAGUUAUGAACACUGUGCGAUGUUUUGAAGCAGGUAAUAUGCGUUUUGUCAGCACGUUUCCCCUUCUUAAGUAAAGGUCCUUCAAAUCGGGGUGUUAUAAAUAGGACGAGCAGUCCAAGUCAAGGUCAGUUCCUUAACAGUCCUUGAAAUCGUUACUUCGACUUUUGCUGAACGUUUUGAAAAAGCGAAUGUAAGUACAGUGAUUAUUAUUAUUUCGUUGUUAUUAUUUUUUCUAUAAUCUUUCACAGAAUAUUGAUCCUAUAUUUUAAUAAUCCUAUAUUAAUUUAUAACUUUCAUUAUACAAAAUUAGAAAAUGGGAAACAAAACAAGUAAACAACCCACGGUGGAGGAGCGCCCGGCGGAGGAACCCCCGGUGGAGGAGCGCCCGGCAGAGGAACCCACGGUGGAGGAGCGCCCGGCGGAGGAACCCCCGGUGGAGGAGCGCCCGGCAGAGGAACCCACGGUGGAGGAGCGCCCGGCGGAGGAACCCCCGGCGGAGAAAUCCCCGGCCGUGGCCGAUAUUAAGAAAAAUAAAGAGCAGCAAAGAAGGAGGAAGAUGCGCAGUACUAAAAAACUGAAGAAGCGGUUAAGAGCAAUGCCGCCAGCCGUCUCAAGAUAUCCGGGGGGGUAUGUAUCCCACCCCCCCCCCCAACACACAUCGCCGCCGCAACAGUACAUAUCGCCCCCGCCGCCGCAACAUUACCCAUCACCACCGCAGCCCGAGAUGUACGCACAUCCAAUGUUGUGUAUGUCCCAGCAGCCAGUUGUAUACCACGGCCAGCAGCCUAUUAUAUUCGUACCCCCGCAAACCCCACUGUAUGUCCACCCGCAACCGGCAGUGUAUGUACGGCAACCGACGACGCCGUACCAAUAUUAUUAA